AUGCUAGAGGCUCUCAAUAGAGAUGCCCAACAUGCUACUAUCGCCAAAAUCAUUCAAAAUGAACUUGACGCUGAACGCGAGAAAGUAGCCUUGCUUCACCAACAAGGUUCUCAACAAGCAGAGUUGUUGAGAGAACAAGGUGCUCAACAGUUUGAACUGUUGAGACAGCAGCAGGCUGCUGCUGGCGGGUCGAUGCACUCGCGUCGACCCGAGACUUUGAAGAUUGACAUCUCCAAGUAUAGGGGGGUCGAAGAAGACUCCCUCUUGAGAUGGUUCGUCGAAUUAGACGACGCCAUAAGGGCGCGUCGCAUCGACGACGGGGAUUUGUAA